AUGCUGAAGGGGAGUCUUCUUAAGACCGUAAUCAAAUCCAACCAUAUAGUUCGGAUUGUUCAUCAAAACCAAGGAUUAGCAUCGAUUCUUCGUGAUUCGCUGAGACGUUUUUCAACCGAAGCUGAGGAGCCGGGUCUGGGCGCAUCCAGUGAUUCAUUUCUUGAAGUUCCAAACACAGGUUUGGUGUAUGGGAGAUUGACUGGUAUUGCAAGAAAUACGACCAAGAGUGAUAUUGUCAAUUUGUUAGAAGGGUGUAAUUUGACUAUGGAUGAUGUCAAAGUCGAUUACAAUCGAGCUUACUCCCCAGUGGCAAUGAUGGUUCAAUUUCCUUCUAGGUCUGCCUAUGAUGCUGCUAUUAGGGCAAUUGGUAGAAAGGGUCGCUUGUACAAACUGGAGAGGAUACCUAACCGUUCCCAAUGGGAUCUCAUUGUACCAUAUGAUGGAAAAGCUAUUUUACUGCAAGGAAUCCCUCGCAAUGCACUUCAAGAUGAUGUAGAGCGCUUCCUUUAUGGUUGCCAGUAUGAUGCUACCUCCAUCCAGAUGUUCGUCAGGCCGGCAUCCUCGGGCCCCAUUAAAAUGGCGCUUGCACGCUUUCCCUCAAAGACCCAGGCGAUGCAUGCAUUUCUGACCAAGAACAGAGGCUUCUGUCUCAACAAUCAAAUCUCGAUGCGAGUUCUCCAGUGA